GGUCCUGUCGUGUGUCCGUCUAACUGUUGCAAUAAAUGCCUUAAUGAAAGUUCGUUCGCAUGAAAGAUACAAAUAAAACACUGAAGAGGACGCUGAAUUGUGCGGUGCGCGUUACAAGACUCGUCCCGGGCUGACAUACCACUACAACCACUCACACAAAGAGGGCGCUAGCGAUGAGAACUCGCGCGACAGCGCAGGCAUGGGACCGGCGACCACCCCCACAGGUGGAGUCGGAGGCCCAACGACCCCUUCUCCUGUAGGUGGAGCUACCGUAGCCCCGCCUAUGGGGGGAGAGACCGUUGGUGGCGCUGCAGGUGGUCCCGCCCCCCAACCGGGGUCGGUGGAUCUGUCUCAGCAACCUUCGUCGGCGCAGGCGAUCCUGAGACCGUCCGAUCAGGGAACGGUUUAUCAAGACAGUUAUGUUUCCUUUUUGAACCAGACACCCGGUACUACCUUUUGGAUAUUCCUGUUUUGUUAUGUGUUUCGUGUAAUUGAUAUUAAAAAACCGAUACCGUUGGGUUUUGAGAACUUUUUCGCUCUUAUCACGGUUUUGUUCCACCUAAUGGAGAAAAUGCGUUAAGUUAUUCAUUAUAACUGUUGUUUAAAUAGAAG